AAUCUUCUCUUCAUUCAAUUGUUUCAUCUUCAUCACAAUAUCUCAUAUCACAUCAUCUAUCCAUCUGUAAGGGCAAGACAAUGUGGUGAGGGCGGAUUAUCGAUCAGGCUGCGGUGGUGCAGCCACGGAUCGGAAGAUUAAUUCCGGCGCGGCUAUCCAGGGUGGUUCCAUUGCCCUGGUAGUUGUGCAAGGGUAAGGCAUAACCUGUAUCGUUGCACAUAUUGCCUGUUGCAGCCGGAAAAAAUGGCAGCUCCGCCACCGCCUAGCACUGGACCGGAAGUGGAUUUAGAUAGAUUGGGGCAAGUGGUUAUGUGUUUUUCCCAGACGAUAUACCGUUCUAAUGGCGUUUGGGAAGGGCCGGAUCCACUGGCGCCCAUGAUCCCUCUCUUCAUCUUGCAAAUCAUGACAGCCAUCCUCAGUUCUCGGAUCCUCAAUUUCGUCCUCAAGCCCUUCAAUCAACCUCCUCUGGUGGCUGAAAUUCUUAGUGGUAUAAUUUUGGGGCCGAGUAUGCUUGGAAACAUUGAAGAAUUCAGAAAACAUAAUUUCCCCAACCACAAUUUUGAAACAAUAGAGACGAUGGGGCAUUUCGCCCUGGUUCUCUACGCCUUCCUCACCGGCCUCCAAAUGGACGUAAAAGCAAUUGUGCAUACCGGAACCAAAUCCAGGAUCGUCGCUGUUUCCGGAUCGAUCUUCCCUUUCCUCAUCGGAGCCGGAUUCUACUUCACCUUGCAAACAGAUACUCAAUCUAUGAUCGGCUUCAUAUUCUGCGGCAGCGCCCUCACCGUCACGGGCUUCUCCACUCUAGCCAAAAUUCUGGAUUCCAAGAGGCUUCUCAACACCGAGAUCGGCAAAAUAGCGGCGUCUUCAGCCCUCAUCAACGUCGCAUUAUCCUGGGUUUUACUAACCAUAGGACUCCUCUUCACAGGGAGCUUAGAUAACGUCCAGUGGGCGGUGCUUUGCACGGUGGGCUUUGUGGUUGUAUGCGUCAAUUAUGUCCGCCCAUUACUCAAUUGGCUAAUCUCCAAAACGCCGGAGGGACAAGGAUUCAGCGAGUUCUACAUAUGCUCCUUCAUUGCCGUCAUAUGCGCCUUCGGUUGCUUCACGGAUGCAAUGGGUUCACAUCCAAUGAUCGGAGCUUUCAUUUUCGGGCUUAUUAUGCCUAAUAACGAGCUUCUUAGAACAGCAAUCUUGGACAGGCUGGAGGAUUUCGUGAUGGGGAUCUUGAUGCCGGUGUUCUUCCUUGUGUGUGGGCUUAGAACCAACAUUUUUACCAUUACAGAUGGUGAUACCAGCAUUUUCACAGCCUUAGCGCUCAUCCUGCUCGCCUGUUCAGCCAAGAUCAUCGCCGCUCUCGUUGCGUCUUGUUACACCGGCAUGUCCACCAACGAGGCAAUUGGGCUGGGUGUUCUUACCAACACCAAAAGCACCAUGGUUAUGAUCAUUCUUGAAGUUGGUCAAGUGCAACAGGUUUUGAGUGUUCAACAAUACAGCAUGAUGGUAGUUGCAUGCUUGAUCAUGACAAUAGUGGCCACUCCCCUUGCCGCUAGGUAUUGUCCCAAACAAGAUUUGGAGCCUUAUAAACGAAGGACCAUACAAAAUGCUAAACCCGGAGAAGAGCUUAGAAUCCUAGCAUGCAUCCAUGGCACCAACAAUCUUCCUGCCAUUAUAAGCCUCCUGGAAACCUCCAACUCCACCGUAACAUCCCCCAUCACUGCGUUUGGCGUCCAGCUUUUGGAGUUGGUGGGCCGCGCUCCUGCCAUGAUGGUGGUCCACAGCUCCGGCUCCGGCAGACACGUCGGAGGCUCACACGAAGAGGUGCAGACCAGCCAAAUCAUCAGCACGUUCGACAACUACGAGCUUCGUUCCCAUGGGGUUACCGCUCAAGUCUUGACAGCCAGGUGGUCUUAUGACACCAUGGCGGAAGACAUAUGUAAAAUGGCUAAAGAAAAGCGGGCGGCGUUUCUCGUCCUUCCUUUCCAUAAGCAACAAGGCACCGACGGAGAAAUGGAGGAUACGAACCCGGCGAUUCAGACCGUUAAUGAGGGCGUUCUCUUGAGCGCCCCUUGCUCUGUCGGAAUCCUCGUUGAACGUGGACGGCCUAAUCAAUAUGCCAAGAACAUCGCCGUGCUGUACCUGGGAGGCCCCGACGACAGGGAGGCGUUGACCUAUGCGAGGAGGAUGUCAGGUCUCCCCGGCGUCCAUCUUACCGUCAUCAGGUUUGUUCCGGCGAAAGAUGUUUCCGCAGACGGCGCCGUCGAGGAUCCCGACCUGGAACUAGAACUCACCCGGGAAACCAGUUUCGUGACGGUAAGCAUCGACCCCGCGAGAGACAAGGAGGAGGACGAAGAGCUCCUCAACAACUUCAGAACAGAAACCGCGGAGGACGAUUCAAAGACGUUCAUGGAAUUGGUGUUGGACGACGAGGAAGAGUUCACGAAAGCCGUGAAGUCUCUGGACGACCGGAGCUUCGAUCUGUACGUGGCGGGUCGGGGGCGAGGAGUGUCGUCGGCGUUGACGUCCGGGCUGGCGGAUUGGUGUGAGUGCCCGGAGUUGGGGGCGGUGGGAGAUCUGCUGGUAACGUCGGAAUUCGAGUCGUCGUUCUCGGUGCUGGUGGUGCAACAGUAUGUGAGGACGAACAAGGGCGGCGCCGGUGGCGGGUCCUCCUCCGCCUCCUCCACUGGGGCCGGGGGAUCGGCGGCAGAAUCAAUGAGCCAGAGAAUGGAUGCGGAUAUGCAGAUGGAUAUGGGGUUCCGGAUGUCGUAUAGUGAUGAACCCGACGCCGCAUAUGAUUCUCCCACUUCCAGCAUUAGCAGGAAGCAGCAACAGCAGGAUCAUUAUAUUAUGGUGUGAUCUUCCCAGGGAAUAUUAUAAAUCAUCCAAUUUAAAUUAAAACUUUCUUCAAUUUUCAAAACAUAUAAUCUAAUUCAGUUCCUAUA